ACGUCAACGUGGACCAGCCGGACGAGAAGUCCAUCAUCACCUACGUGGCCACUUUCUACCACUACUUCUCCAAGAUGAAGGCGCUGGCGGUGGAGGGGAAGCGCAUCGGGAAGGUGCUGGACGCGGCGCGGGAGGCGGAGGAGCUGGUGGGGAAGUACGAGGAGCUGGCGGGCGAGCUGCUGGGCUGGAUCGAGCAGACCAUCCUCACCCUCAACGACCGGCAGCUGGCCAACGCGCUGCCCGGCGUGCAGAACCAGCUCCAGGCCUUCAACACCUACCGCACCGUCGAGAAGCCCCCCAAGUUCAUGGAGAAGGGGAACCUGGAGGUGCUGCUCUUCACUGUCCAGAGCCGGAUGCGGGCCAACAACCAGAAGGUCUACGUGCCGCGGGAGGGGAAGCUCAUCUCCGACAUCAACAAGGCCUGGGAGCGGCUGGAGAAGGCGGAACACGAGCGGGAAGCCGAGCGGCGGCGGCAGGAUCUGCAGGACGCUCUCAGCCUCUACACCAUGCGCAGUGAGGCGGACGCCUGCGGGCUGUGGGUGGGCGAGAAGGAGCAGUGGCUGCACGCCAUGCACGUCCCCGACAAGCUGGAGGACCUGGAGGUGGUGCAGCAGCGCUUCGAGACACUGGAGCCGGAGAUGAACAACCUGGCGUCCCGCGUGGCCGCCGUCAACCGCAUCGCCGACCAGCUGCUGGCUACCGACCAGCGCAACCAGGAGAGCAUCCGCGCCACCCGCGAGCAGCUCAACGCCAGGUGGGAGCGGUUCCGCGCGCUGGCCGACCAGAAGAAGGAGGCGCUGACGUCGGCCCUGAACAUCCAGAACUACCACCUGGAGUGCAACGAGACCACGUCCUGGAUGCGGGAGAAGACGAAGGUGAUCGAGUCGACGCAGGGCUUGGGCAACGACCUGGCCGGCGUCAUGGCCCUGCAGCGCAAGCUCUCGGGCAUGGAGCGCGACCUGGAAGCCAUCCAGGGCAAGGUGCGGGAUUUACGAGCCGAGGCGGAGAAGUUGGCGGCCGAACACCCGGAACAGGCGCCCGCCAUCCUGGCCAGGCUGUCGGCCAUCGAGGCGGUGUGGGACGAGCUGUGCCGCAGCCUGCGGCGACGCGAGGAGUCGUUGGGGGAGGCCAGCAAGCUGCAGGGCUUCCUGCGGGACCUGGCCGCCUUCCAGGCCUGGCUAUCCCGCACCCAGACGGCCGUGGCCUCCGAGGACGUGCCGGCCACCCUGGUCGAGGCCGAACGGUUGCUGAGUCAGCACGAGAGCAUCCGUAAGGAAAUCGCCCACUACGGCGACGACUACCGCAGCACGCGAGCCGUGGGCCGGGAGGUGACGCAGGGACAGACGGACGCGCAGCAUGUCUUUCUGCACCAGCGCCUGGAGGCUCUGGACACGGGCUGGGAAGAGCUGGGGAGGAUGUGGGAGAACCGCCACCACCUCCUCUCCCAAGCCUUCGCCUUCCAACUCUUCCUCCGUGACUCCAAGCAGGUCGAGGGUGUUCUCAGCACCCAGGAAUACGCCCUGUCGCACACGGAGAUGCCCAGCACGCUGCCGGGAGCUGAGGCCUCCGUCAAGAAGCACGAGGAUUUCAUGGCCACCAUGGAAGCCAACGGGGAACGCGUCCAGGGGCUGGGGGCCACCGGCCGUAAGCUGGUAGCCGAGGGCAGCCUCCAUGCUGACAAGGUGCAGGAGACGGUAGAUUCGGUGGAGAGCAGGCACCGGAGGAACCGGGACAUGGCCCAGGAGCUACUGGGGCGGCUGCGGGACAACUGGGAGCUGCAGCGGUUCCUGCAGGAUGGGCAGGAGGUGAGUGCGGUGCGGGGGCUGUGGGACGAGCUGGAGUCGACCACGCGGACGAAGGCGCGGCGCCUGUUCGACGCCAACCGCGCCGAGCUGUGCGCCCAGUCCUGCGCGGCGCUGCGGGGCUGGCUGGCCAGCGUGCACGCCCAGCUGCGCUCCGACGACUACGGCAAGGACCUGACCAGCGUCAACAUCCUGCUCAAGAAGCAGCAGAUGCUGGAGAAGCAGACGGCGGUGCGGGAGAAGGAGGUGGAGGCGAUCCGGGCGCAGGCGCAGGCCCUCAGCCGGGAGGACGCCAGCGCGGCCGAGGUGCAGGGGCAGGUCCGCGCCGUGGAGGAGCAAUUCCUGGGGCUGCGGGAGCCGCUGCGGGAGCGCUGCCGAAAGCUCCUGGCCUCCAAGGAGGAGCACCAGUUCAACCGCGACCUGGAGGACGAGAUCCUGUGGGUGAAGGAGCGCAGACCCUUGGCUGUGUCCACCGACCACGGCAAGGACCUGCCCUCCGUCCAGCUCCUGAUAAAGAAGAACCAGUGGAUGGGCGAGCAGGAGCUGCACAUGAUGUCGCAGGAGAAGGCCAAGGACGAGCUGAGCGCCCAGGCCAUGGUCAGCAAGCACCUGGUGCUGGAGCAGGCGCUGCGGGAUUAUGCCCACACCGUGCACCAGCUCUCGGUGCAGAGCCGUGACAUGGUGGCCAGCGGGCACCCCGAGAGCGAGCGGCUGACGCUGCGCCAGGGCCAGGUGGACAAGCUCUACGCCAGCCUGAAGGACCUGGCGGAGGAGCGCCGGGCCACGCUGCAGGAACACCAGCGGCUCUGCCAGCUCAAACGCGACGUGGACGACUUGGAGCAGUGGAUCUCGGAGCGGGAGGUGGUGGCCGCUUCCCACGAGCUGGGCCAGGACUACGAGCACGUCACGAUGCUGCGGGAUAAGUUCAGGGAGUUCUCGCGGGACACGAGCAGCAUCGGGCAGGAGCGGGUGGACGGCGUCAACGGGCUGGCGGACACGCUGAUCGCGGCGGGGCACUCGGAGAACGCCACGGUGGCCGAGUGGAAGGACGGGCUGAACGAGGCCUGGGCCGACCUGCUGGAGCUGAUCGACACGCGGUCGCAGAUGCUGGCGGCCUCCUACGAGCUGCACCGGUUCUACCACGAUGCCCGCGAGACCCUGGCCCAGGUGCAGCACAAGCAGAAGCAGCUGCCGGACGAGGUGGGCCGCGACCUGAACACGGCCGAGGCCAUGCAGCGCAUGCACACCACCUACGAGCACGACAUCCAGGCCCUGAGCGCCCAGGUGCGCCAGGUGCAGGAGGACGCGGCGCGGCUGGAGAAGGCGUACGCCGGGGAGAAGGCGGCCGACAUCCGCCGGCACGAGCAGGCGGUGAGCGAGGCCUGGGCCGAGCUGCGCAGCAGCAGCCAGGGCCGACGCCGGCUGCUCCUCGACACCGUCGACAAGUUCCGCUUCCUGCGGGCGGUGCGGGACCUGCUGCUCUGGAUGGACGGCGUCCGCCUGCAGAUCGAGGGCCAGGAGCGCCCGCGGGACGUGUCCUCGGCCGACCUGGUGAUCAAGAACCACCAGAGCAUCAAGGCGGAGGUGGAGGCGCGGGCCGACAGCUUCGACGCCUGCGUGGCCAUGGGCACCGCGCUGCUCGACAAGGGCCACUACGCCGCCGACAAGAUCUCGGAGAAGCUCUCCCAGCUGCAGGAACGCCGCCGGGACAUCGGGGACCGCUGGAAGGAGAAGAUGGACUGGCUGCAGAUCGUGCUGGAGGUGCUGAUGUUCGGGCGGGACGCCAGCAUGGCGGAGGCCUGGCUCUCCAGCCAGGAGCCCCUGGUGCGCUCGGCGGAGCUGGGGGGCAGCGUGGCCGAGGUGGAGAACCUCAUCAAGCGCCAUCAGGGCUUCCAGAAAGCGGCCGCCGCCUGGGAGGAGCGCUUCGCCGCCCUGGAACGCCUCACCACGGUCAGGGGGGGACGCGGGGCGGGGGCACCCCGCCGCCGGCUGAGCCCCGGCGCGCUCGACACCCUCGCACACCCUCACACACCCUCACACACCCUCGCACACUCGCUGACGCCCUCGUACGCCCGCUGA